GGACGAAGGGAGAAUAGAAGUGGGCCAAUAGAAAUGCCGAAUUUCCGUUUUCCGGCUAAUCCCCACCCCUUAACCUAACUCGGCCGAGGAAGAAGGGAAAAGGCGACUAGGGGGCGGGGCAAGGCGAGGAAGCGGAAGCCGUGGCGGCGGAGCUGGGGCGCGCGCCUGUUUGGGCUACACGUGUGCGAGUUGCUAUAAUGGAAGUCAAAGGGAAAAAAAAAAUCACAGGAAAAGGUACAAAGCCAUCACAAGAAAAAAACAGACUUCAUAAAAACAGUGGUUCUGAUCCUUCAAAGACAUUCUCAAAAAAAAUUGGUAAGGAAGGUGGACCUAAAAUCACAUCUAAGAACUUUGAGAAAACUGCCACAAAACCUGGGAAAAAAGGUGUGAAGCAGUUCAAGAAUAAGCAGCAAGGGGAUAAAAUACCAAAGAACAAAUUCCAGCAGGCAGAUAAAUUCAACAGGAAGAGAAAAUUCCAGCCAGACAGUAAAAAUGAUGACACAGCAGCCAAGAAACCCAAAUGGGAUGAGUUCAAAAAAAAGAAAAAAGAACUGAAGCAGAGCAGGCAACUCAGUGAUAAAACCAACUACGACGUUGUUGUUCGGGCAAAGCAGAUCUGGGAGAUCUUAAGAAGAAAAGAUUGUGACAAAGACAAAAGAGUGAAGUUGAUGAGUGAUUUGCAGAAGUUGAUUCAAGGGAAAAUUAAAACUAUUGCGUUUGCACAUGAUUCAACUCGUGUGAUCCAGUGUUACAUUCAGUAUGGCAACGAAGAGCAGAGGAAACAGGCUUUUGAAGAAUUGCGAGGUGAUUUGGUUGAAUUAAGUAAAGCUAAAUAUUCCAGAAAUAUUGUUAAGAAGUUUCUCAUGUAUGGGAGUAAAGCACAGAUUGCAGAGAUCAUGAGAAGCUUUAAAGGUCACGUGAGGAAGAUGCUGCGGCAUGCAGAAGCGUCCGCCAUCGUGGAGUACGCCUACAAUGAUAAAGCCAUCUUGGAGCAGAGGAACAUGCUGACAGAAGAGCUCUAUGGGAACACAUUUCAGCUUUACAAGUCAGCAGAUCACCCAACUCUCGACAAAGUAUUAGAGGUACAGCCAGAAAAACUAGAGCUUAUCAUGGAUGAAAUGAAACAGAUUCUAACUCCAAUGGCCCAAAAAGAAGCUGUGAUUAAGCACUCACUGGUACAUAAAGUAUUCUUGGACUUUUUUACCUAUGCACCCCCAAAGCUGAGAUCAGAAGUGAUUGAAGCCAUCCGAGAAGCAGUGGUGUACCUGGCGCACACACACGAUGGCGCCAGAGUGGCCAUGCACUGCCUGUGGCACGGCACGCCCAAGGACAGGAAAGUGAUUGUGAAAACAAUGAAGACUUAUGUUGAAAAGGUGGCUAAUGGCCAAUACUCCCACUUGGUUUUAUUGGCGGCAUUUGACUGUAUUGAUGAUACUAAGCUUGUGAAGCAGAUAAUCAUAUCAGAAAUUAUUAAUUCCUUGCCUAACAUAGUAAAUGACAAAUAUGGAAGGAAGGUCCUGUUGUAUUUACUAAGCCCCAGAGAUCCUGCACACACGGUAAGAGAGAUCAUUGAAGUUCUGCAGAAAGGAGACGGUAACGCACACAGUAAGAAAGAUACAGAGAUCCGCCAGCGAGAGCUCUUAGAAUCCAUUUCUCCAGCUUUGCUAAGCUACCUGCAAGGACACGCCCAAGAGGUGGUGCUGGAUAAGUCUGCGUGUGUGCUUGUGGCUGACAUCCUGGGAGCUGCCAUUGGAGAUGUUCAGCCCGCCAUGAAUGCCGUCGCCAGUUUGGCAGCAGCAGAGCUGCAUCCUGGUGGCAAGGAUGGAGAGCUUCACGUUGCGGAACAUCCUGCAGGACAUCUAGUUCUGAAGUGGUUAAUAGAGCAAGAUAAAAAGAUGAAAGAAAGUGGACGAGAAGGUUGUUUUGCAAAAACACUCGUAGAGCUUGUUGGUAUGAAGAACCUGAAGUCCUGGGCUAGUGUCAAUCGAGGAGCCAUUAUUCUUUCUAGCCUUCUCCAGAGCUCUGAUCAAGAUGUUGCAAAUAAAGUCAAAGCUGGAUUGAAAAGCCUUAUUCCCACAUUGGAAAAAAACAAAAACACCAGCAAAGGAAUAGAAAUGCUACUUGAAAAAUUGACUGCCUAGGUAGAAACAGUUAAGAACAAGUUGGAGUCAUUUUUCCUCUUCUGUUUUCCCAGUACAGAAAAGAAGGGCUAGGGUCCAUCUUAGUGGUAAUUUGGGUGCUCUGUAUAUGUGUUUCUUCUUCGUAUAAGAAUCUAUUUAUAAAUUGAUUUCUAAAAAUGGCCUUUUUAAGAAAAAAAUCUCAGCCUUCUCUUUUAUCAUAUUGAAUAGUAAGCAAAUCAGAAUGUAAAAGGUUUAACAGUCAUACACAGUGGGACCAACCAAAUUUAUAUAAAGUAGUUGCGUGCGUUGAUUCAGGGGAGAAGACAUCUUCAGUGAACAGUAGUCUGAGAGGGCUUCAUGGAGGAGGAGGAACCUGAGAGUUUCCUGCUUCAGAGGAAGGCAGGAUGUGGUAAAGAAGAGCCACAGGGAGUCCUUGGUGGGAGCAGUGAGGUGGCAGUCAGUGGUUUUGAACUGAACUUCAGGAAGGCUUGAGGCUUGUUGGGUACAGGGAUGGAGAUACUCUACAUCCAGGACAGCUGCAUUCCUAGCUGCCUUAUGGAUUGGGUGCCAUGUUAGAUUUUGUUUGAAACAAGCCACUCCAGGAAGUUAAGAUUUGUAGGAGGAAAUGUGCUGGAUGAAUUAGGGGAUCAUAGUGGGUAGCAAUGUUAAGGUCAUUGUCACAGGGGAAAUCUUCCUGUGUUUGAAACUGGGCCUUCCAAGUAAAUAGCUCCUUGUAGUGAAACUUUCUCUCUUGGGACUUUCCCUAAAGUAGUUGAGGCCUACAGGGUUUGAGUUAGAAAGAUAUGCAAAUUUGUUAAUAGUGCAGAAGUUGGAAUUUAAGUACAAGUAGGAUGUUUGAAUUUUAAAUGUACACUUGGCUUCCAAGCAACAAAGCUUGGAAGGAUUGGUAGACCUUGGAAGAAUUCAUAGCCGGCCUCAUGUAGCCCUGCCUAUGAAUACCUGACUGCUUUCGAAACCGAGCCUUGGGGCUUUCUCUAAGUAGCCUGCUGUAACAGGACACCCACUCAGGUCUGUCACUGCAGUUACACCUCAGGAGAAUGGCUGUGCCUUUCCUACCAGACUGCUGGGUCCCAGGACUACUCCCAACGUAUGAGCUGCCAGCACGUUACCUGCUGCCCUCUCCUGCAGGUGCAUUGAACCCUGCAGGAGUAAAAGAGCCGAUGCCUGUAAUUCUCUUUUGGCGUGGAUUCUCCCUCUACCCUCCCUCCGCCCCUGCCACCAACGACCCAGCCAGGUCUAAGGGUAGAGGUGGGACCCUUGGGGGAACUGGGGGUGGUGUGGGAGACAAUGGGGAAGAGCUUGCUUUUGUUUGACUGAUAUAUUGUGUGUUUGUUUUCCGUAUAAAGGGCCCAUUUGGAAAGAGAGGGGGACAGAAAUUCUGCUAUUUGUUCCAUCUGUAAGACUAAAAAAAUACCAUCCGUGAUUUUGAAAGUUAGAAUAUUAUGAAGCAUAUAACAAAAGAAGAAAUCCUUCUUCUGCCCCACUCCUCCACACCCCUGCCUUGUCCUCCCCAGAAGCAACGACUUUCAGUUCUUUUUAGCUCUGCUAAGUUUUUAAAUAUAUGAUUUUUGUGGGUUAAAAAAAAAAAAUCUAUCCGUUUUAGGCAUUUUCUUUUAACUUCCUGUUAUGGAAAAAUACAGAUUGAGACUCUUCACCACCACUGUCUCCCUAUUUCUUUUCUUUCCAUUUUCCCAGUAGAAUUGCAUCAUCUUUGAUAAAUUGGUGUUCAGUUUAUAUGAUUAUGUUGACGUCAGUUGUUAAAUACUGAGGAAGUAAUGAGCUGUCAUGACAUUUCCUAUACCAUUUUUUUUCCUGGAAUUAAUAAAUUGCCUCAUUUUUAUUUGCUUACUUUCCUACAUUCCUAUAGUUAAUUUUUCUCAAACUGUCCAUCAGAAUUGCAUACACUCUUCUUCAGUAGGCAUUUUCCUCUUUUUUCAGCCUGGCAAGGCUCGCAUGUUAUUGUGGGGUCGACCCGUUUCCUGAUGGCUCCAGUAUGUCCCAUCUAGUGUGCCUCCAGUGGGUCAUAGAUGUGCUGAAAUUUUAACAGCUUCAACCCUUACUCCACCAGGCCUUACAAACAUUUCCCUUGUGUGGUUCAUGCAAAAGAAUACUGGUAUGAACUAAUCCCAGGGGCCCUUUCCUUAAGUCAGUGAUGGAUUUAGGAAGGAGCCUGGCCAAUGGACCUCAGAAGAGAGGUAUAUUCCUGGGAGAGGUUCCUUUAGUCUCACACCCACAAGGAGCAGAGUCCCUUUCCUGCUGGCUGACUUUAGUAUAUGCAGAAAGCAUACUGAGGAUGGCUGAGCAAAAGGUUGAAAGAAUCUGAAACUUUGAUGUUGAACUGCUGAAUAAAUCAACUCCUGGAGCUGCCCUACCCCUGAACUUCCUGUUAUGUGAGAGAAUUAACUUUCAUUUAUCAUUUAGGCCAUUUUGAGCUGAAUCUUUAGAAACUUGCAGCCAAAAAUUGUGCUAACCUGUCAGUGAAUACUGACUUCCACACUAUCCAGUACAUCAGGUCAACUAGUAGACACCUCUGCUGGAGCCACCUGGCUUUGUGAGUGUCCUAAGAACCCACAGCACAGCCAUCCUCAUCCCUUCCCUUCAUGUCUCCUAUGGAAAGCCCAUUCCAGGAUCCCAUGCAUUUCAUUUUCUUGCUUAACAUCCUGUUUUGAAUGGGGCACAAUCUCUAGUAGCAUCCUGAGAAAGAAUGCAUAUGAGGUAAAAUUUUAAAGUCUGAAUGUCUAUUCUACCCUUUCACACCUGGACACCUAGUUUAGCUGGAUAUAGAAUUCUAGUUUGAAAUUAAUUUUGCCUUGGAAUUUUGAAGACAUUGAUCAAUAUUUUCUUUGGCUUGCAGAGUUACUGUGGAAGUCUAAUGCCAUUCUUACUCUCAGUCUUUUAUAUGUGGCCUUUUCUGGGGGGUUGUGAGGGGUUUCUCUGAAAGGUUUCAGGACUUUUUUUUAUCCCCAGCCUCCUUGUAUUUCAGGAUCAUGUGCAUUGCUAUGUGUCAUGUGUGUCUGCUCUUUAUUCUUCGUGCUGGGUACUUGAGGAUUUUAGUCGGAGACAUGAAGCCAUUCCAUUUGGGGGCUGUAUCUGUAUUGUCUCCCCAAUCCACUCCUCCUCC